GCCACGUCCUGCCCACCGACCCCGAUGACCGGCGUGUUCGGAUCAUCGUGGUGGCGCCCACAUCGGAUCUGGUUCAGCAGAUCGCCGAGGUCGCCCGGGUGGCGUCGGCGCGAAGUGGCCGCCCCUUCCAUGUGACCGCAGUGGUCGGAGGUGGUGGAGCGAAUGCGAAGCAGCAGCGGUGGCGGCUGCAACAGGGCUCUGAGGUCGUUGUGGCCACUCCUGGUCGACUCAAGUUCUUCAUGGAGGAGGACUGCGUCGUGCAGAAAGAUACCUGGCAACAUGUAAAAGCCCUGGUCAUCGACGAGGUGGACACGCUUGUUGGGGAGGACUCGCCGAACCCGAUGUUCGACCUGAAAGCGGAGCUGCCGGCGGACCUUCAGUGGGUCUUCGUGACUGCCACCGUGUCGGAGGCGGCGAAGAGGGAGAUCCGGAUGCUGAAGGGCCAGCUGCAGGGGGAAGCCAACGACCUCGGCGUGAGGAAGGACGGUCAAAUCGUGUGGACCCGAGGCCCUGGCCUGCAUCGCGUGCCGCAGAACUGUGAGCAUGUGCUGGUCGACUGCACGCCAAAGAGCCUCUACAACCUUCCGAACUCUGCGCGGCUGGACGCAGUGAUGAAGGCCAAGAUCGGCGCACUGGCCUGGCACCUCGAGAAAGGGGUGCUGUGCGAGGAGAGCGACAACCGCGUCAUGAUCUUCUGCAACACCAUCAGCAACUGCUCCAGAGUUUACGAAGCGCUGGACGAACGCAAUCCUGACGACGAGCGUAGCGGGGGCAAGCAGUGGAAGCUGCUGGUCCUCCAUGGGCUUCGGGACAAGAAGGAGUACCAGCGGAACAUGGAUCUCUUCAGCACAGAGAAGGUCCCUGCAGCUGAUUUCUUCAAGCGUCGCAUCCUUAUCUGCACGGCCUGGGGCCCGGCGGGGAGUUCGGGAGUUGCGGAUGGCCUUUGCCGUGGCCUUUUGCUCCAGUUCGUUGCGCCCACGCCCUGGAUCUGCAAAGCCUAUGCUGAAACCCCUGACCCCUGCCUCCAUGAGGACCGGCUGUCGCGCGGCAUGGACUUUGGGAGCAAUCCGGUGAAGUGGGCUCGGAGCCCAGGCUGGCUUGCUCUCGAUGCUUUCCGAUUCCGGAUCUGUCGCAACAUCUCUCAACUGAUCUGGUCUUGCCUCAUGUACAUCGCGGGCCUAGAGGAAGCCCAUCUGUUCUCCUGA